AAAAAACCCAAACAAACAGACAAACAAACAAAAAAAAAAACCAUAAAUAAAACCCUUUCUUUACUGCAAAGUUUAACCUAUAGAGUUUGGGUUUGCUUCUUCAGUAAGACAGCUAUCCUCCUGUUUAAAAAUAAAAUGAAUGAGUAAAUCCUCCCUGACAAACCAGAGAUCCUCUGUCUGGGGGUGUGUGUAGUUUGCAUUGAAGAGGAGCUGGGCUGGAGGGCAUAGGCUGUGGCAUAAAACAUAUGUCUUUACUUCCACAGGCAGCCAGCGCCGUGGAACUGGGGCUGGGGGAUGCCUCCCUGCUGCCCACCUCUCCCAGUUCAGAGUGCAGGCAAUUAUUUGGCUCCAUGACAAUUACACCAACUGUGGCAUGUGUCUGAUAGUGAAACAAUGAAUGGCUUGUUCUCUCAGAAGAAAAAAAGUGGGUUGGGUUGAAAAAUGAUAAAUAAGAAUUUCUCUGUGGGUCAUUUUAGGCUCUCACAGCAAUUUGAAUGUGCUGAAUGAGUGGCUUCUGAACUGAGCCAAUGGGGAUGGUCAGGCACAGGCAUCACUUUUAUCCCACACGGGGGAGGAGGGGUGAAUGAGCUGGAAGAUAUAAGCUGAAACAAAGCCAUGCAGUCCUUCUGAGUCAUUCGCAUGCACUGGAUGGGUAAGGCUUCCUGCUUCCUGGGACACAGAAGUGGGGUCAUGAUUCUAACAAUGGAUGCUGAUUUUGACAAAGGAAACUCGGUUAGAUUUAAACCUUCACGAUUGCUCCACAGGAAGAGAACAUUGAGUUUUCAGAAGGAGUUCUCAUUUGAAGAUAAAGAGGAACUUGCCAACAGCACAAAGGAUAUUGAUGCUAACCUCUUAGCAGUACUUCCAAAAGUUUCAGAAUUAAGAAAACUGUUUGAACCAAACAACCAAGAUUUUUUGGAAAUGAAAAGAAAGGAGAGAAUAGCUAGACGCUUAGAGGGAAUUGAAAAUGAUGCGCAACCUAUGCUUCUACAGAACUGCCCAGGGUCGGUCACACACCGUUUACUAGAAGAAGAUACACCAAGGUAUAUGCGUGCAACUGAUCCAUACAGUCAUCACUUAGGCAGAUCAAAUGAAGAGGAGGAAACUUCAGAUUCUUCUGUAGAGAAACAACCCAGAUCAUCCAGAUACCGCACAGAAACCACAGGAGGAAAUACAGAGUCUUCGUACAGUACAGGAAACAUGGAUACCCAUGAACUAGAGUCUAAAGCAGAAAGAAUAGCUAGGUACAAGGCAGAGAGACGGCGCCAGCUGGCAGAAAAGUAUGGAUUAUCUCUUGAUUCUGAUUUGGAUUCUGACUACUCAUCCAGAUAUUCCCGGGCAAGGAAAGAUCCUGACAGUGUGGAAAGAAAGGGAUUGAGAAGUGAAAGGCAUGAUGAUGAAAACAAGGACUCUGGCUCCUUGUAUUUGUCCAGGACUGAGAUGAAGGAGUCAAAGAGUGUGAUUUCUGAAUCCAGGGAGUACUCCAGCCGUGAAAAAGAUGGUAUUCCAGCUAAAGAAGAGCUUUCAAAUGAAAAGAGUGAUAAAAGAGCAGAUGAUGACAGUGCCAUUAGACAGGCUUCUGACACUUCAGCAACGCUGGAUAGUUCUGUCUCACUUACACUUUCUGGACGAGAGUCUUCCUCCUGUAAUGAAGUGCCAAUAUCACCAAAGCAAACCCCCCGAGAGUCUCUUUCUUCACCGAAGCGGGCAGCCUCACCAAUCCAUUUGCAGAAUGAUCAGCCCUUGCACAGUAACAUCAGACAAAGAGUAAAAGUUAGAGAGAAACUGGUGAAAGAGGAAAGUGCGCGUGGAAGCCCUGAACCUGUCACAGACAGUGUAUCUCUGAGAAAAUCCCAGCCAGUGCCAGCCCACUACAUGCCUCUUCAGACAGAAACAUCUGCCUUUGACAGGGUUCUCAACCAGCCCGUCAGUGCGGUCCGCCAACCAAUACAUGGCUAUAUUCAGCCUGCUGGCGUUGCGCACACAGCUCAGCUGAUGGCAACAGAAGAACCAGAAAACAUCUUCAUUGGCAGCCGCCUCCUUCCAGACAGUGUCAGCCCCUUAACAAAAUCAGCAGCAGUCACUGCACCAGAGGGUGAAAAGAAAGAGGCACUGGCUUAUGGAGCAAAGCCUGGCGAAGAAGAAUCCCCGGAGGGCGAGCAGGCUUCCAAAGGCAGAAGGCCAAUUUUGCCAUCUGAGAUUCGCAAACAAGGGAAGAGCCAUGAAGGCCUCUUUGGAGGAGAAGACCUGGAUACCGGUGUGGGGAUCCCAAGCAAGCCGAAGGUCAGCUCAGACGUUCAGCAGGAGCCGGAGUGCAGAAAGAAGCAGGCGCCUGAGCAGCAGCUGAAGACACCUGAGAACAUGGAGAGGAGCGAAGCUGUCAUGUACAUACAGAGCGGGUCUGUAUCGCAGCCGGCGCAGGCAAAAGGCCCUGUUUGGAAGGUGUCAAAGCAUAAAGUCCUGACUCGCUCAAUGUCUGACUAUACUGUGCCUCCUAAGCUAGAAGCUUUUCAUAGUAAGAGCAUGGAAGCAAACGCAGCAAAUGGUGAGAUUGGCAUGGUUGACACAAAGGUCUCUGUUGCCCAGCUCCGUAAUGUCUUUCUGGAAACAGCUCAUGCCAACAAGAAAACGGACCUCGAAUCUCGGUUUGAGAUGUCAACGUCAGGCAGCGCUUUGUCUGCCAGUGGUGACCGUGACAGAGGGCCGCGAAGGCCGAGGCGCUAUUUCACUCCUGGUGAAAAUAGAAAGACUUCUGAGCGAUUUAAAACCCAACCUAUAACGUCAGCAGAACGAAAGGAGAUGGAUAGGUCCGUUUUGUGUGCAGAAAUACCAACUGCUGACGAUGAAGAAAAAUUAGAUGACCGAGCCAAACUAAGUGUAGCUGCAAAGAGGCUGCUUUUUAGAGAAAUGGAAAAAUCUUUUGAAAUGAAGAAUAUUCCAAAACCACCUACGAGAAGCUCGGCAGUAGAGAGAAGAAUGCGGCGUUUGCAGGACAGAUCACACACACAGCCAAUCACCAGCGAGGAAGUGGUCAUUGCAGCUACCUUGCAGGCAUCAGCACACCAAAAAAUAUUAGCUAAAGAGGAGAUAAGAGCAGCCAAAGAGGCGAUGGGGCAAGAUCAAUCUGAGGAACCAGAUUCAUCCACAUUAAGCUUGGCAGAAAAGAUGGCUUUGUUUAACAAACUGUCUCAGCCAGUAUCCAGGGCUAUAUCCACAAGGAGUCGAGGAGAUAUUAGGCACAGGAGGAUGAAUUCUCGUUACCAGACCCAGCCAGUCACUCUUGGAGAAGUUGAGCAGGUUCAAAAUGAAAGUGGAAAACUUACUCCCCUGUCAAGUACAGUUUCAACAUCAGUUUCAGCAAUGGCUUCUGCCCUUUCUGCACUGUUUGCUGGAGACAUGCAUGCGAAACCACGUACUGAUGGAAGUGUGAGUGCUGCCACAAAAGAUGAUUUGAGAUUCCACGCUUCAGCAGAAAGCUCAGACUCAUCAGGAAAACGCACACAGAAGUCAGAACAGUGGCAGCCCUCAAGGGAAGUGCUAGAAAGCAAAAGAGCAUCAAAGAAGCAUGAAGAAGAGGGAAAGAGGUUUCUAGCACAUGAAGCUAAUGAAAUUAGAAAGUACAGCUCCUUUGAGGAUGAAACCACACAUCCUGUUCUUGAAAAAACAGGAGACUACCAUAAAGAGGCAGCCUACAGCUUCCUGAGGAAGGGCAGCAUGGAACUGUUUAGUUCUCAACCACUUUUUCAGCCUCUUGAAAGGAAGGAAAUUGAUACCAUCAUGCAAGACCAUGUUGAGCCUACUUCUGAACUCACCAGCACACCAGCAACGAGGACGCUUUCACAGAAUGCAGCUGUGGCAUCCUGUAGGCUACAGGAGCUGUCUGAACAACUGGAGGGAAAAUUCUACAAGAAUUCCUGUGAGAUGUUUUCUGCUGGAGAGAACAAAAUACAGACAACUGAGGAUGCCCUUGAUAGUUCCAGCAAAACGAUGUCAAUUAAGGAAAGGUUGGCAUUGCUGAAGAAGAGUGGUGAAGAAGAUUGGAAGAGCAGGCUCAGUAAAAAGCAGGAGUAUGCAAAAGUGUCUGCCACUGAUCGUAGUGCACAGAUGCAAGAAGUUGAGCAGCUGUUGAAAAAGCAGAGGAUAGCAGAUAAUCAGGAGAGUCAAAUGACUAUAGAAGAAAGAAAACACCUGAUCACAGCUCGAGAAGAAGCCUGGAAGUCCAGGGGAAAAGGCGCAGCAAAUGACUCCACGCAGUUCACUGUAGCUGGUCGAAUGGUAAAAAAAGGACUAGCUUCUCCGAGUGCACUAACACCAGUAGCAUCCCCUUACAGUAACAGGCAGAAGUCUACCACUCCGGUUACAAAGCCUUUGGAAGAAAUUGAAGCUAGGCCUGAUAUGCAAUUGGAAUCAGAUAUGAAGCUUGACAAGCUGGAGUCAUUCUUGGGAAGGCUGAAUAACAAAGUUGCUGGAAUGCAAGAGACAGUGCUGACAGUUACAGGAAAAUCUGUGAAAGAAGUGAUGAAGUUGGAUGAUGAUGAAACAUUUUCCAAAUUUUACCGCCAUGUGGAUUUCCCUUCCUCCUCAGUGCCUUUGGACCUUGAUGAGGACUUUGAUGCCAUCUUUGAUCCUUAUGCACCAAAGUUAAUAUCCUCUGUAGCAGAGCACAAACGUGCAGUAAGGCCUAUGCGCAGGGUUCAGUCCUCCAGAAACCCCCUGAAAAUGCUGGCAGCAAGAGAAGAUAUUCUUCAUGAGUACACUGAACAAAGGCUGAAUGUUGCCUUCAUGGAGUCAAAGCGAAUGAAAGUAGAAAAAAUGUCUGCAAACUCAAAUUUCUCAGAAGUCGCACUUGCUGGUUUGGCAAGCAAGGAGAACUUCAGCAACGUUAGUCUGCGGAGUGUUAACCUAACAGAGCAAAAUUCUAACAACAGUGCUGUGCCAUACAAGAAGUUAAUGCUGCUGCAAAUUAAAGGAAGAAGACAUGUUCAAACAAGAUUAGUUGAACCAAGGGCCUCAUCACUGAACAGUGGAGACUGUUUCCUAUUGUUAACUCCACACCUCUGUUUCUUGUGGGUAGGAGAGUUUGCAAAUGUCAUAGAAAAAGCAAAGGCUUCAGAACUUGCAACUUUGAUUCAGACAAAGAGGGAACUUGGCUGUAGAGCUUCUUAUAUACAGACUAUAGAAGAAGGAAUAAACACCCAUACCCAUGCAGCCAAAGACUUCUGGAAACUCCUUGGUGGCCAAGCAAAUUACCAGUCUGCUGGAAGACCUGAAGAGGAUGAAAUGUAUGAAGCUGCCAUAAUAGAAACUAAUUGCAUUUACCGUCUUGUAGAAGAUAAACUCAUUCCUGAAGAUGACUACUGGGGAAAGAUGCCAAAAUGUACCCUGCUACAACCAAAAGAGGUGCUCGUAUUUGAUUUUGGCAGUGAAGUGUAUGUCUGGCAUGGAAAGGAAGUUACUUUAGCACAAAGAAAAGUAGCAUUCCAGCUGGCAAAACACUUGUGGAAUGGCACCUUCGACUACUCAAAUUGUGACAUAAAUCCUCUGGACCCAGGAGAAUGCAAUCCCCUCAUACCCAGAAAGGGACAAGGACGUCCAGAUUGGGCUGUGUUUGGCAGGCUCACAGAACAUAAUGAGACCAUACUGUUCAAAGAAAAAUUCCUUGAUUGGACAGAGCUGAAGAAACUCAAUGAGAAGAAUUCUAGUGAAUCCCUUCAUCAGAAGGAAGAAUCCAAAUCUGAUUCUAAACCAUAUGAUGUCAUGCUAAUGGUACCUGUGCCUCAAACUGCUGUAGGCACAGUUCUGGAUGGAAUGAAUAUUGGCCGGGGCUAUGGACUUGUAGAAGGAGAAGAUGGGAGGCAGUUUGAAAUUAUCACUGCAUCUGUGGAUGUCUGGCACAUCCUGGAGUUUGAUUAUAGUAGACUGCCUAAACAAAGCAUAGGACAGUUCCAUGAGGGAGACACAUACGUGGUGAAGUGGAAGUACAUGGUGAGCACUACAGUUGGAAGCAGACAAAAAGGAGAGCAACAAGUAAGAGCGGUUGGAAAAGAGAAAUGUGUGUAUUUCUUUUGGCAAGGAAGGCACUCCACAGUGAGUGAGAAAGGGACAUCGGCACUGAUGACAGUGGAACUUGAUGAGGAGAGAGGAGCACAGGUACAAGUGCUUCAAGGGAAAGAACCGCCAUGCUUCCUGCAGUGCUUCCAAGGAGGGAUGAUUGUGCAUGCUGGAAGAAGGGAAGAGGAAGAAGAAAAUGCACAAAGUGACUGGAGACUAUAUUGCGUGCGAGGAGAAGUUCCCAAUGAAGGAAACUUACUUGAAGUAGCAUGUCACUGCAGCAGCCUGCGUUCCCGGACAUCCAUGAUUGUCCUCAAUAUAAAUAAAGCUCUUAUCUACCUGUGGCAUGGCUGCAAAGCACAGUCUCACACCAAGGAUGUAGGAAGAACAGCAGCCAAUAAAAUAAAAGAACAAUGUCCGCUGGAAGCAGGGCUGCACAGCAGCAGCAAGGUGACAAUACAUGAAUGUGAUGAAGGGUCAGAGCCUUUGGGAUUCUGGGACGCAUUAGGAAGGAGAGAUCGAAAGGCCUAUGAUUGCAUGUUGCAAGAUCCAGGAAAGUUUAAUUUCACCCCCCGCCUGUUCAGCCUCAGUAGUUCUUCGGGAGAAUUCUCAGCCACUGAGUUCGUUUACCCUUCAAGAGACCCUGCUGUCAUCAAUUCUAUGCCCUUCUUGCAAGAGGAUCUUUACACUGCCCCACAGCCAGCACUGUUCCUUGUUGACAAUCACCAUGAAGUGUACCUGUGGCAAGGUUGGUGGCCUGUGGAAAACAAAAUCACUGGAUCAGCUCGAAUCAGAUGGGCUACAGACAGGAAAUGCGCCAUGGAGACAGUGCUCCAGUACUGCAAAGGAAAAAAUGUAAAGAAGCCCCCAAAGUCCUAUCUCAUUCAUGCUGGCCUAGAGCCUCUGACCUUCACUAAUAUGUUCCCAAGUUGGGAACACAGGGAAGACAUUGCAGAGAUCACAGAAAUGGAUGCUGAUGUUUCUAACCAGAUAAUCCUUGUAGAAGAUGUGCUGGCCAAGCUGUGUAAAACUGUGUAUCCCCUAGCUGAUCUCUUAGCCAGGCCUUUACCUGAGGGAGUUGAUCCUCUGAAGCUUGAAAUUUAUCUUUCGGAUGAGGACUUUGAGGUUGCGUUAGAGAUGACAAGAGAAGAGUAUAACGCGCUGCCAUCUUGGAAGCAGGUUAAUCUGAAGAAGGCAAAAGGACUUUUUUAAGCUGUAUCUAUUGGAUUGAGCACCAAAGGGAUGUCCAUCUUCACUUUCUAUGCCCUUUAGCAAAACUGUGCUCCACAUUUACAAAAUAGAGAUAAUCUGAAAUUAUUAGCAACUACCUAUCUGGAGGCGUGUAAUAUGAUAAAAGGCCAAGAGAACUCUUUGGAAAUGGAAUUCAAUUUUGACUUUGAAGGUUAUGUUUAAGCUCAGCUCUCCUAUGCACUUAAACAGUAGUUUCUUGAGCUACUGCAGUAGCUGUCCUUUGGCUAUCUCCAAUACUUGCCAUUUUUGUUUUUGAAGAAGUUCUCUUUGUAAAGUGUUAUUUUGUUAGUUUGUGGAUUACAAAGAAUUUAUAUUUAUAUAAACACAUAGAACAAGUAUGUAUUUAACAAUGCAAUAUAUAUUCACUUUCAAGACUUUAAUGUCAGAACUACAGAACAGUAGCUGGAUGGCAGUUGCUUGUACUGAAUUAGCUAUACCACCAAUAUGUAUCUCUUGCGCAUUCUGAAAAGUUUCUCUUUGCAAUAGGCAAUGAAUUGUUCUCAGUGCUGCUUCAGGUGCUAAACUGAACAAAGCAUUUGUAUUUAUAGCAUGGAUUUCUUGAGAAACUAUGCGAAUCAACCUUUAUACUUUAAUAUCCAAAAAAUGUAUAGUGCCUUGUUUUUUGUGUACAGUUUAUAUACAAAAAAAGAUUGGUCUGCAUUUUGAAGAUGGCUCAGAAUGGUCUCCUCUGUUACUUUUAUAAUAGUAGAAAUAAAAACAUCUCAGUUUCUAAUACUUGUUGUAAACAUUAAACAUGUCUUUUGUGAUAUAAGAACAAAAGUAAAAGCUUCCAAAUAAACUCUUAGCAAUGCUCUGACUUGUCAUUAUUUUGUACUGUAAACUGUACAAAUUCAUUGGAAUCUUCCAUAAUGUGGUAUCCUACCAAAAUAUUUUAACCUUACAAAACUGCAGGUGUUGUACAGUUAUCAUUGGAGAAGCAGAGAAUGUAGAAGAAAAACAUUGUAUAAGAUAAAAUUAGUUUGUAUGACACUUCCAUGCUGCAUGUUGGAACCAUCACACAAUUCCUGUAUCCUUCUGGUUGUGGUUUUAUACAUGAAACCAAAAUUAUUAUACUGACUUUCAACCUCUGAAAACCUUUUCAACCUUUGUGCAAUUGGGAGUAAAACUUGAACUGAAAAAAA